AUGGAGAGCAGAAAGGCGAUGGACUUGCCUCAGCUCAGCAAUGAGAUGCAACUGAAUAUUAUGCACAAGGUGAAGAACGGACAGCUGAGCAUUGAUGACGCUUUGGACAUGGCCAGGAGGGACCAGCUGCAGCUGCUGCAGAAAAGUUUUGAUUUUGAGGAGAAGCAAGCCUCACUGUACAACUUUAGUGUGUACAAAUUCAGCUCUUACAGAUGGCAAAAACGAGUGAUCCAGAUUGAUUUCAACACUAAGAUGGUAUGCAGCAUUGUUAAAGGCAUUGUGAAGAGGCAGUUUCCCUUUAUGGAGGUGACAAACUGCCAUGAUGCCGCAGGGACCAAGUUCUCAGUGUCUUUCAAGGGUCGCCAUGAUUACGAGCUGGAGGCCAUGUCUCCAGAGGACAAGCAGAAAAUUCUGGAGCUGAUAAAUCAAAUCAUCUACAGGAACGUCCAUCCCGUAGACAUACAUGAGGAACCCAGCAAGCCACCUGCUUCCCCAACGAAGCUCCAUGAGGGUCUGUUGCUUCUGCAGAGGGGAGGGCUAGCAUCGUGCAAAUGGAAAAAGUAUGAGGCUCAUCUCUACACAGGUCAGCUGCUUCUGCUGCCCACAGGCUUUCGACCAGUCUCAGAUAGUGCAGAUGUGCCAGUUACUCUUAGCCAACCAGUCAUUAUUCACCUAUCAGAUGGCAAUGCAAGCGCAGAGACACCUUGCACAUGUGACACCUUUAUAAUUCUCACCAACCAGGAUGAAUUUCACUUGCGGGUUCCACUGGAUGAACAAAGCACAGAGGAUGUUAGGAAUGAGCGGGAUGCCUGGGUCAAAGCCAUCAACAGGCAAUGCAUGGACUGGAAACGCAGGUCCCAGUGUGAAAACAUGUAUGAAGACCUCAAAGAAGCCCAAAAACUCUCUGAUAUUACGAAAGUCAUCAAAGAAAACCAGUCUACACAUGAGAGAGGACCUGAGACAGGCAAGAUGCAGAACAACCAUGCGCCUCUCUUAGUGCCGCCGCAGCCAUUUCCUCGGUUUCUGUCCAAAUCUGGAGCUGUUGCUGUGCCUAUUCCAGUCCCAGCACCAGCACUAGAACCAGUGAAUAAACCUUCCAUGGAGCUAGAGCAGGUGCCUGAGUUAAAGCCACCACCUAUGCAAGAGAAAUCCCCAGUAACAUUUCCAGAGAGCAGGCUAGCUCCAAUACCACAGCUUGAGUCCAUCCAAUCACUAAUGUUUUCUGCUGCCCCGACCCCUCCACCUCCUUUGCCACCUCCACUGCCCAAGAAGAAGACAAAAUCCCAAAUAAUGAGGACAAGGGCCUUUCAUUGGGACCUUAUUGCUCAAGACAAGAUUGCAAAGUCAGUCUGGGCACGGGGGAGCCCUAGAGAAAUUGAAAUCGACACCUCACGUUUGUAUGAGCAAUUUGGAGUCAAAGACUUGGCCAACAUUUCUAACUUGGAGUCAAGCAAUCAUGUCGAAAUCAUGCUGAGUGCGAAAAUUGCGCACAACUUCAAUAUUUUUCUCAAAAGUUUCCCGGUGCAGCCAAAGGAGCUCAAGGACAAACUAUUCAUUGUUAAUGAGGGAGAUGGGGGCCUCUCCGAUGAACACAUUACUUCUCUCAGGAGGUAUGUGCCAACUGCAGAUGAUAAAGAAAUGUAUAGGUCAUAUAAAGGAGAUGUGAGUGAACUGCACUUGGUUGAUCAGUACAUGCUGGAGCUGUGUAAUAUCCCAUACCUGAGUAGUCAGCUGGACCUGCUGCUGACCCUCAGAGAACUGCCCAUCAGCAUGGACGACCUGAAACCGCUGAUUAACCAGAAGAUCCGCAUGUGCCAGCAGCUGUGGGGCUGCGAAGCGUUUGUCUGCGUGCUGGAGUACCUACUGGCCAUGGGCAAUUACCUCAACCAGAACGCGGGCAAAGAAAAGGCCAAGGGAUUCCGCCUCUCAUCUCUAACUAAGAUCUCGCAACUGCGUGGGAAUGAGAAGAGGUUCACCUUGAUGCAUGCCCUUGUGGAGCAGAUCAUGUUGCAUGAGCCCCGUUUGGCCACAUUUUUCCGGGAGCUGGCAGAAUUUGAGAUGGUCCCUUGGGCUUCAGUUAAAGGCCUAACAGCUGAGGUUGAUGUUGUGAAGAAUGAGCUACAGAAGGUCAUUCAGUACAGGAAAACAUACAAGGGGAAAAACCUCGGCAGCCAGCACUCCAAAUUCACUAAGGAUUUGAAGUUGGCCAUUGAGAAGUACGAAGCUGAUCUGUACCAGCUGACGAAGAGGUGUGAAGAGAUGAGGAAACUCUAUACUGACAUAUUGGUGAAAUUUGGUGAGCCUUUGGAUCAAGAUUCUAAAGAACUCUUCAGCUGUGUUUGCCAAUUUGUCAACGAAUUCAAAAGGAUACAUUCAGAGCUGACAUGUUGAGAUAUUUCAGCACCUGUGUGCAUGUGCUUGUGUCUUUGUGUGUGUGUGUGUGUGUGUGUGUGUGUGUGAUUCUCAGCUGGCUGUUGUGUUUCAAGUAUAGUCCCGAAGCAAGACCUGCCCUCUCAAGCAUAUCAUAGAAGGCGUGCCAGGUCCAAAGGCCAUUUGAAUGUCAGUCUAAACUGAAGAGCAAGGUGUUUUGUGAGCAGCUUAAUCCAAAGGGUUUUAGGGAAGGAUUUGCUAGAUCUAUUGCUGCAAUGGUGUUUACUUUGAUUAAAAGUCUCAGGCAGAUUUACUGAAAGGCGGCUCUCAGACUCCAGUCCACAACAAAGGGGUGCUGCUGGAUGCACUGCUAGCUCAGGAGAAAAUGCUCGGUUAGAGGCUCGUAUAGAUCGGUUGUUACUUUUCAGAGAGCUCUUUCAAUGGAAGUUACUGGGCUGGAUAAGACAAACGGGGGCUGCCAAGCUGCCAGCAGCUCCACAGCUGGCCGGCAUGGAUGGAGCGCUCCAGCGGCCAAAGCCAGCUGAACCCCGUCCACACACAUUUCUCCAGACACUCUGUCCCCCUCCUGCCUUGGCCCAGUGGACGGACGUGAGGGCUUUUCUGGCCCAUUCGGGAACGGGUCCAAUUGACAGCCAUGGAGCAGGGUGACAUCUGUGGCAGCUGCUAGUUUAAAGACUGCUUUUUUUUGUUCCUCUCCUCUUUCACAUUGGCCACUUUGCUGGAUUGCAGCACUAAGCUGCACUUUAGAACAUCUCAGAUUGAUUUUGUCUGCGACUUGAGGGAGCGCAGGGGUCCAUGCAUCUUACAUUUUAAACAGAAAUGAAGAGCAGGGAGAGGACACAGAAGCACUUGUUUUAAAGAAACGCUCCGGUGUUUUUCAGUUUAGUGUCUAUUGGCUGCAUCUGUAUCAUACAGUGAAUUACCAAAUUAGGUUUGAUGUUGUACAUGUACAUAGUUGAAAGACAAACCCUGUGACCUGUCGGUUAAAGCUAAAACCUUGAAUUCCAUUAAACGCAUGUUUCUAGGUUACAUCAGCAUUCCCAUGGAUUCUUAGAAAAUCUUUAGCUGUUUACUCUGCUGCCGUAGAUGCACCAUAAACAUUAUUCACGUGUUAAUUAUAAAACAUCAGUAUCUGCAAUGCCUGUGUUUCAUCUGGUUUAAACUUGCCACCUUUCAUUUGUACACUGGCAUAUAAAAUGUGAGCACAUGGAUAGAGUCUGUUUUCUGCUGCUACAGCAAUAUGCACAAUGCAUAUAAACACAAUGUUUCUCAACCUCAAGUUAUAACUGGUUGAAAACUAUUCUGGAAACAUUGCUCUUUACUGGCCCUGUGUUCCAUUUCUGGGGUAAGACUGAUGUUAGCAGAAACAUUAGGGCCUUCAAAGAUGAGAGAGAAGAGCAGGCUGCUGUGGCAUAUUAGAGCAAUAUGAAAUCAAGGCUAUUCAUGACCCUAUAAGAUGGUUAUUUCCCAUACAUAGGCCAAUAAAAUAAACUUCAGUUCAGGGUGUAUAAUACACAUACAUAUCAAAACUGAAGGGAUUUCACUGCAGGAUAUUAAAGUAACUUGUAGCCAAAUCAUCAGAUCAGUCUAUCAGAUUUGAUCGUAAGCAAAUAUUUAGCACACUAUAUAUGGUCAGUCUGAAAAAGUAGGCUAAAAAGUAAUCAGUUCAUAGUGUUACAUUAUGCACAUACUGAUUUUACUGUAAUAGUAAAUGGCAGAGUAAUAUAAUCUUACCUAAACUGUGCAGUUUUAUUAUCUAUGAAAACACAAAUUGUAGAUAGGAUUCAAUAUUAGCUGUUACUCAAUAUUGAAGAAUCAGAUCGAGAGGCUAAAAUCUAAUCGGGACAUCCUUAAUAAAGUUGUAAAAUGAUGCCAUUGUUUAUGUUAAACUAAUCCAGAAUAGUCAAACAACCAAAAAUAUCCAGCCGACAGUGGUUGUAGGGUCAAAAGUGACUGCUGAUGAAGGAUGAGGAGAACACAGUGCAGUCUCAAAACAUAGAUAUUUUCUCCUCCAAAUAGUUUACAGUAGAUACUGAAUGCAUGCCAUAUUUGAAUGUGUGCAUUGUUAUAUGGUUGAAGUGGUAUUAUUUUUAUCAUGCUAAGGUCUUAGAAAGGCAUUACAAAGCAUUGUAUUUACAGGGGAAUGUCUCAAAGCUAUUGUCUGUAAUGCAGUGUGAGUCUUGAAAAGAGCUUACCUUGAAAACUGCUGUAGUGAUCCUUCCAAAGACCAAAUAUUUGGAAUAAUGAGGUCUAGUUAAACUCUCAGGUGUAGUACACAAAGGGCUAUUUCAAGAAAUGAUUAACCAUUUAAAAGAAGAUAAAUGGUUGUAAAUGUAAUUAUUUACAGUGGCUAUUAUUUACAUGCACAUUUAGACAUAGCACACAGUAUAGUUCACUUUCAGUGGUUCACACGCUGUAGUGAAAUAAAAAAAAAGAAAUAAAACAAAUAAAACUGAAAUGAUUAAAUUACCAUGUUUUUAUUUCAUAUGUUUGUGGCAUCUCCUCAUGCCCAGCAGGAGUUUUAUAAUGCUCAAAUCUUCAUCUCAGUCUGGCAGACAAAAUCCCCCUUUUCCACAGAGAAGAUUCACAGUCUGCGAUUCCGGAGAAUGUCACAACAAUGUGCAAAAACAAGAUGAAAUAAAGCUUGAUAUGGCAAUAUGCCGUGGUAUUUUGAGAUACUUUGCGAAGGCCUAUCAUGUUUCCCACUGAGGACAGAAUGUCGUUUACAUCAUGAUUUGUUUAUCGUGUCUGUGAAACUGAUAACUCUUUUGUAUUAAUAAAUGUCCCUUUGAUCAAA